ACCAAUCUCUCCAUCAAUUGACCAGAACUUGUAUUUUGAUUAUCAAGGCAAAUCAUCAGAAACCAUGUCUACCUUUCCAAUUGAGAAACCCACCACCAUUAACAUGUUUUCCAUGUUCCCAGCACUCAUCUUCUUCAGGUUCUUUGUUGAUUGGGCAAAGAAGAUUUACAAAAACUUGUCAAAAUCACAGCUUUGCGUUCAAUCAGAAUUAGGAGGUCUCCCGUUCUUGAACGAAUUAGUGAAGGCUGAGGAGGGGGAGGAGAAGGAUUCAGAUAUGCUGAGAGAAGAAUAUGGCGGCGGGAGCAUACGCAGGGAAGACGUGGAGAUGGUGAUGGGGAGAAUGGGGUUCUGUUUUAAUGUUGAAGAUGACGAGGAUGAGAAUGAGAGGGUGAUAUUGAAUUCAGAGCAAAUGUCGAAACUUUUUGAAGAAAAAGAAGCGAGCUUGGAGGAGGUGAAGGCAGCUUUCGAUGUGUUUGAUGAGAAUCAAGAUGGGUUUCUUGACUCGGAAGAAGUGCAGAGAGUUGUCUGUAAUUUAAUGGGUUUCAAAGUGGGAUCCGGAUUCCAGGAGAUGAUUAGACCGUUUGAUCUUAAUGGGGAUGGGAAGAUUGAUUUUCAAGAGUUUGUCAAACUCAUGGAGAACAGCUUUUGCUCAUAGUUCCUUUUUUUUCAUUUAUUCCAUUUUUUUAAUCUUUGUUAUUCUUUGGCCUAAUUGUUGUACCAGGCUUGAAUGAAGUUAUUUAGUUUUAAUUUUAAAAGUUGAACUUUCAAUUAUAAGGUAUUCAAAUUAUAACAAU